UUCCAGACCAGGGCUACACAGCGAUUUUUCAUUCGAAGUUCAUUGUGGAUUAUGUUUAGGAAGAGCAAUAGUUUUAAAUUAUAUUUAUAAUAUUCUAUCUAAGUUAAAAUAAGAAGUGAUGGAGGAAAAUAUGGGCCUAUUCUCCAGACUUGCCCACAGUUUGGGAGCUCCAGAAGCUGCUUUUAGACUGGUUGUCUCGCUCCUGCUAGGCUACCCAUUGCUGCUUGUGCACCGCCACCUGCUGUACAGGAAAAACCCCACUUUACAACAUCUGUAUUUCAUCAUCUGUGGCAUGUCAAUUGGAAUAUUCAACAAUGGAAUGGAGAUUUAUCACUCGAUGAUCUGUGUGUUUGUCUGCUGGCUUGGGCUUGUGGUUGGCGGUGGCUCACAGAUGUCAGUUAUCUUUGCCAACAUCUUCCAGAUGGGGUACCUUCUUGUGGGCUACUACAUGACAGCAACCACAUCAUACGACAUCAAGUGGACAAUGCCACACUGUGUGCUGACCCUGCGCCUCAUUGCACUCACCUGGGACCUCUACGAUGGAAUAAAGGACAAGAGCUUGCUGUCCGCGGAGCAAGCACAGACGGCGUUGUCAGAGUGUCCCUCGCUGCUGGAGGUGGCUGCACACACCUACUUCCCUGCCUCCUACAUGGUCGGCCCGCAGUUCAACAUGAAGCGAUACCUCGACUUCACCCAUGGACGUUUGUUCAGCUCUUACUUGCCCAACUCGCUGCUCGCGGGCUUCACUCGUGGGGCGCUGGGUCUCUUUUUCAUGGCCGUCUUCCAGGUGUCCAGCGUCUGGCUCAAAGAAGACUACCUCGUCUCUGAUGAAUUUGCUGAGCUGUCGCUGCUGAAGAAGGCCGUGUACGUGGCGCUGUGGGGCAAGGUGACGCUCUACAAGUACAACUCCUGCUGGCUCAUCGUCGAGGGCGUCUGCAUUAUAUCUGGUUUAUCGUACAACGGUCGAGACUCCAGCAGCGGUCUCGAGCGCUGGGAUGCCUGCAAGAACAUUAAAGUUACCCUUUUUGAGAAGGCGUUCAAGUUUUACCAUAUAAUCGAGUCGUUUAAUGUGAACACCAAUGUAUGGGUGGCUAAGUACGUGUACAAGCGUAUGAAGUUCCUGAACAACCGCAACGUGUCGACGUUCACGGCGCUCAUGUUCCUGGCGGUGUGGCACGGCCUGCACUCGGGCUACUACGUCUGCUUCUUCCUCGAGUUCCUCAUCACAUACUUCGAGAGGAGCGUCGAGUCGCUGCUGAAGAAGUACCCGAAGCUGCAGGAGCAACUUGACCUGCCUCUUGUGAAGCCCCUCCGCCUGGUCCUCAUGAAGUUCUACCUCAUGGUCUUCUUCGGCUACAGCCUCGCCCCUUUUGUCCUGCUAAAGUCGUACAGGUGGUGGACGUUCUUCAAGUCUACGUAUUUCAUCGGCCACAUUUUCUUCGGAGGCUGGGUGCUGUACCGGCCGCUGGUCGUGAUGGCUCUGGACGCCGUCUAUGGCAAGCCCGUUAAAGAGAAGUCUAAAGAGCCUCACCCCGAGCCGCCCGCGUCCACAGUCAAGCAGGACUGAAGACGCCGCAUGUUUGUCGGUUCCUCGUAGCGCUUUUAACCCAUGUUGCACUGCAUAAUUAUACAACAUGGUAAUCCUACCAAGUGUACGUCCAGUUGUGCCUAUGCAGUCCGACAGAGGUUAAACUUAUUACCAGAGCUAUAUUUACAGCAAUAAUGAUGCUGUAUGUGUUCAAAUUUCCGCUUUACUUCAUCUCCAAUGUUUUCUUAUGAUGGUUGUCAAAGUUUUCAGACCACAUUCUAUCUUCUUGAAUCUAUAACAUGAGUUUUUCAGGCCAAUGUUUCAACUGUCGUAGUUGUUAUAACUUGAUCGCAUCUGAUAUUUAAAAGUUAAUGCUUGGCCAUUUUUCUUUUGAAAAUUCUGUAUUCUCAAUCACAGAAUUAGGUUCACUCAGGUUCAUGCCAGCACUGUAGUAGUCAAAUCUAUAAGGACAUUGAUUUUUAGGCGCUUAGCAUCUUUUUGGGUAUGGUGGUCUCUGAUCGUGCAUUCCUGUAAGCAAUUAUUUGUAAUAUAAUACGGGUUAUCACGAAUCAUGAAGUUACUUUUUGUUUUGAGGCUUUCACAUUUUUUCUCCACAAUGACGCCAGGAUGCGCCCACGGGUUUAAUUAGGCUCUUCCAUAUCUCACCGCUCUGAACAUCUCGGUUAUUGUAUGCCUUAGUAGCUCGUGUAAGUUCUGCUGUAUUUCUGUGUUUGCAGCACUAUUUUGCGGUACUGAAUUUUCCAUGUAUUCCUCAUACUUUUUCAAUUUAUAAUCGGGUAUGAGACUCACUCUCUCAAAAGAUAUUCUAGUUAUUGAUUCUUAAAAAUUUCAAUCAAAGUCACCUAUGCAACAUUAUUAAUCUUUCUAGGGCAUUAUUAGUUGUUAUCGUGCUUUGUUAUACGCGCAUAUUAAUUUGUAUUAAAAUGCCAGUGAUGAUAUUAUUGCACGGCUGUAAAUUCUCCUCCUGUGCACCUUAACUCAUCGAAUGCACGUUAAUGUUAACGUAUCGAGCGCACGUGCUUCAUUUUUGUACCUCAACGUUGACAAUCCACACAUGCAGUGUUUCUUUGUGGGUUUGUAUGUUGUGUGCUGGUCUAUAUUGGUUGUGUUAGUUGUAUAAUAUUGUAUAGUAGUUUGAAGGUCACAUAAUGUGUGAAAUGGUGCUGUUUUAUGUCUUGGGCUACACAAACCUGUGUCAAAAUUCUGCAAUUGUCUAGGGCUCUAGACAAUUGACUUAUAGCUUCAGACAUAUGAUUUAUGAUGUAGCCUCGAGUCUGGCCACGAUGAGUUGUGAGUUAAGUCGUUCUUAUUGGCAGAAAAAAUGUCUUGUAUAGUGUUCAGAUUGCCCAUGCCACGUGGCUCCUGAGACUACAAGAUUAUGAAGCCUCUCCCGCUCAUCACAUAACCGUUUUCCCAGUUUUCUUGAUCUAAUUACAAGCAAACUGUCAGUGUAUAUUGAACAUAACCCUUUAAAGUUUCAUUGCGAUGGACGAGCCUGGGACGUCUUAUCGCCUGCGCUCCUGACGCAGCGCGCCCAUAGGCCAGAUCGUGGCGGAGGUUCCCUCUCUUCUUGGUAUCCUUAGUAUCCUUGGUAUCCUUAGUAUCCCUGGUAUCCUUGGUAUUUGUUUCGGACGUAGCAGUCCUUAACCUUCUCCUUAAGGUUCUCCUCCAGUUCAGCUCAGCUCAUCUUUUUAUCUCUCACGCUUACAAGCGAGAGGUUACGUUCUCGAGAAUUUAUAAAGCAUCAUGUGGCCGAAGCAAGCUCUUAAUAUUCUCUUAGCUGCGAUCUCGCCCCUUUUCUAAACCGUAUCAUGCUUUUUAGUUUCCGAUACUUAACGUGUUCAUUAUUAGCUUUAGCUAGUCAUUUUCUCUAACUCAAAAUCUUCGUAUCUAAACUAGUGUCUACGCGCUUCUGUGUGACUUCAACUUUUGUGCGUGUAGCUUCUCCUUUCUUUAUGGUAGCCUCUACUAUGGUACAAUUUUCUUACUUAGAUAGCAAGUGCCAUUCUUUCUUGAUAAAUUUUUAUUAUAAGUUGACUUCUUCUAAUUCUAAUUGAGUCUAAUUAGACUUGAAUUGCACGGAUUUAAUGGGUAGCAAUGCUAGUUGUUAUCAAAAAUGUUUCUUGCUUGUGAAAUCUCAUAUACGUUUGCAAAUUUAGUCACUGUUCUCCACAUAUUUUUGUUGUUCUGCAUAUUAUUUUUGUUGAUCCGCAAUGGGCUCGUAUAAAAUUUUAACGCAACGGACAAAUCGCACGUGGGAAGAUACCUGACAGAAAUAAGGUUUAAGAUGCCAUCCUUCUUAAUUUUUUUCUUUGUGUAAAUUGACAUGCCUCGAGUCUGUUUCGAGUCACUCCGAAAGUUUUGUGUGAUAGUAAGCCUAGCCACAGGCCUCAUUUGUUGCUAGAGUCGCCAGUGCAGUCGGGCCAGUAACGUUAGUGCAGUAAUAUGUAUAUUGAACACUAAAUACUUCUCGAGGGUGCUACGUGAUUUAUUUUUGAUUUUAUUCCAUAUAUCAGGGUGAGAUAUAAAAAAUUACUCGCGUUUGUGCCGUAAAAAUUCAGUACAAUUUUUUUAAUUAAAAUUUUAAAAAUUGAUGUGGCUGGUCAGUUGUAUUAUCGUCUGAAAUUAUGAUUGGCUUUGAUUCUCCAUCGACUAGGAACAACAUUUCGUGGUAACCUGUCAAGGAAACCUGCCACUUGAAGUUUAAAUCGCGUGUUCAAUAGAUUUACUCCUUACGAAACAUUAUCAUAAAGAAGUUGCGCGAUAUUAUUAAUUUAAUUCAUUAACGUGUGUAGUAGAGUUCAUUUGUGCGCUGGUAUUUGUUCAUAUUAAUGUAGAUUUAUGCUAGACGCCAUAGCUUUGUACUGCAUACGAUAUGAAUCUUUAACGCCUACACUGCCGCACGCGUGAGGUCAGAGUUCGAUGUAUAAUUAAUGUCAUCACUUGCCUUCUAUUUACUUCUCAUAUUUUAAUUCCAGUCUUGGUUGUCGAUAACAAUAAAUAAAUGAAGUCACAACGGCACCGUAACUCCAUGAUUUUUUUUUUGCUGGAAUAAGUUCUAGAAGUUAAUGCUGCUGUUUAAUAAAAAUGUGCGCUCUGCCUAAAUCACCGUGAUUUGUCUUCAUCUCUAUUUGCUUUGUAAUUGCCAAUCUUCCAGACGUUAUAUACAAUAAUAUAAAAGUUUAUGGACGAUC